AAUUGGACUUACCACACUCGCAUCCCUCUCUCUGCAUUUGUGUUGCCUCUCUCUCUCUCUCUCUCUCUCCAAACUGUCCAAGUGUCUCUCUGCCUUCAGCACUCCAUAAAGACUACAAGGACUCAUCUCAAACUUGACCAAAGACAGAAAGUUUGAUUACUUUUACCUUCCUUUUCUCUCUGAGUGCUGCAGUCAUCACUGUCUCAUUCAUCCUCUCUCGUCCUGACAACUUUCCUCUUCACUCUGACUGAAGAGUGCGAAGAAGAAACCGGAGCACGUGACAAUUUCCGGAGUUCAAUUUAUUUAUUAAUUUUCUAUUUAUUUAUUUAUCUACCGUUUGUUUGCUGGUUUACCUAUCCCUUGGAUCCGAACCAAAUAUGAAAUUGUUGCUCGACUCCUCCUCAUCGCUCCUCUUCUCGCUGCUAUUGGCUCAGCUGCCCGUGUUCACGACUGCCUCUCCGUUACCACAGCGGCGGCCCACUGACAUGGACAAACUGUCCAAUCAGACCAAAAAUCUAAUGAAGCUCACCCAAGAACUGCUGAGGGAGCAUGCAUUUGACUCAGAUGUGGAGCCCCACAGGUUCAGGUCUCUGCCAGAAAUGAGCAACAGAUCAGCCAAUGACCUCAACAAUCUUGAGCUGAAGCCCACACUCUCACAGCUGCAUGCUGACCUGAAGCUGUAUGAGCACCACUUUGAGUGGCUGAACAAGGUUUCAAAGAAGCACCACCACCCUGCACUGCCCAAGCUGGUGGAGAUGAUCAGAGAAAUGAAAUCUCUCAUCAAUCUGCUGCACCGUCAGAUGCUGAGAGUUGAAGCACCGAGGCUGACUCAGGCGACCCCCUCCCUCCCCCCUCACCUCCCCUAUCAGUUUGAUGUCCUGCAGUCCAGCCAUGAGCUUCUUCAACACUUCAAGCUCUUCUGUGACUGGGCUUACCGAGCAUUCAUCACCCUCAAGCCAAAGGUCUCUGCAGUACAAUGACGACCCAAGCUCAUUCAUUCUUUUCCUCUUAACUACAUGGCGGCAUAGCCAGUGAGGAUACAUGGAGCCCCGCCUCAUCCAAAGGGGAAUUAGGACCAUGUCAGUGUGCACUGUAGUCAACAGCAUCCCUUAAAGGGACAAAUGUCAACCAAUGACACUUGUGUUGAAGAAUGUGUUUCCAUCACAGCCAAUAAGAAUGUGCAAGACUGCAGCCAGUACAACCAUCAAGGUUCCUGUUUCAGCAAACUGCCAGUUUAACUAUGAUAAUAAUGUCACCAUUCCCCAAACUGUCUCCUAAAGGCCUUGUUCGUGACCAUGUUAUUUAUAUAUUUAUUUAUUUAUUGACUGUUGGUAAUUUAUUUAAUUGUAUUUAUUUGAAGUUGUAAUAUGUCACUCUCAUCUUUGUUUCUGUAUUAACGUGAAUUUAUUUGCCCACAUCUCUGUAAUCUUUCUUUUUGUAUUGUGUCUCACUGAUCCUCAUGAAAAACACGGUAGCACUUCCUUACUUUCGUUUAAAUUAACUUAAUCUAAUUUUCAUUUGUGUAUUUCUUUAGCCAAUAAUUCUUCCAGUAGAUGUAGCAUACAUACAGGACAGCCAAUGUGUUCACUCUAUCUCACUUACAGUGCCUUUAAAUUAAACAUUUUAGAAGACGUUAAUGUCAUCUUAUAACCAUGUUAAAUGUGCCAUAUCCAUUUA